GGCGCAGUAUAUCUCCCUAUGUACAGACACAGCUGCUGAGCACACCACUAUACGGAUCGCCCGGUGCAGGCUGUCGCCAGAUCUCCGCCCCCGUUGUGUGGCCGCUGUGGGACACGUUACAGUCGCAGGCAUGUCUUACACGUAGAACAAAGUAUCAUCAAGAAACCAUUUAAUCCUAAUUGCCUGGCCUGAUGUUUCUUGGGAGGUAACAGGAACUGUUCUGACAUCAUCCUGGUUUUUCAGAAAUCAACUUUUUAAUUACAAAUGACAGAUGCUGUCUCCUUGACGUCAGUCUGUACAGAACAUCUAUUCUCGGAAUUUAUUACUUCAGACUUGAAAUCUUUAUUAAAUCAUCAAUCGCGUUUUCAGAAUUUGGAAGACCUUGAAACUCCAGAAAGAUGCCACCUGCAAUUGGCGGUCCAGUGGGUUAUACCCCCCCAGAAGGAGGAUGGGGUUGGGCUGUGGUUGUUGGUGCUUUUAUAUCAAUAGGCUUCUCUUAUGCCUUCCCCAAGUCUAUCACAGUCUUCUUCAAAGACAUAGAAGUAAUAUUUGGAGCAACAAGCAGUGAGGUUUCCUGGAUUUCUUCAAUUAUGCUAGCCGUGAUGUAUGCUGGAGGUCCUAUAAGCAGUGUUCUGGUGAACAAGUAUGGAAGCAGACCGAUCAUGAUAUGUGGUGGCCUUCUUGCUGGAACUGGGCUGAUUGCAGCCUCAUUCUGUAACACUGUGACCGAACUAUAUUUGUGUAUUGGAGUUGUCGGAGGUUUUGGUCUUGCAUUUAACUUGAAUCCAGCCUUGACAAUGAUUGGCAAAUAUUUCUACAAGAAGAGACCAAUUGCUAAUGGACUUGCCAUGGCAGGAAGUCCUGUAUUUCUGUCAACACUAGCACCUAUGAAUCAGUACUUCUAUAGCAUAUUUGGUUGGAGAGGAAGCUUUUUAAUUUUGGGUGGACUUCUGCUUAAUUGCUGUGUUGCUGGAUCUUUGAUGCGUCCUAUUGGACCAAAGCCUGACGAUUCGAAAAAGAAGGCGACAAAGGAAGUAUUGGAGGAAGCUGGAAAAUGCAUCUCAAAAGAAGAUGCGGAUGCCAACAAAGACUUAAUUGAUGGCAAGGCAAAAACCAAGCCAACGUUCUAUCAGACAAUCAACAAAUUCUUGGAUUUGUCUCUCUUUACCCAUCGGGGAUUCCUGAUUUACCUGUCCGGGCACACAAUCAUGUUCUUUGGACUUUUUGCACCUUUAGUCUUUCUCAGCAAUUACGCAAAAAGCAAAAAUAUUUCCAAUGAAUCUGCUGCCUUUUUGCUCUCCAUCCUUGCUUUUGUAGACAUGGUUGCAAGACCUUCCAUGGGGAUUGUAGCAAACACCAAAUGGGUGAGGCCCAAGGUGCAGUAUUUUUUUGCUGUAGCCGUUCUUUACAAUGGGGUAUGUCAUCUGCUGGCUCCUAUGUCGUCAGAUUAUGUUGGCUUUGCCAUCUAUGCUGCAUUUUUUGGCUUUGCUUUUGGUUGGCUCAGCUCCGUCCUUUUUGAAACCUUGAUGGAUUUGGUUGGUGCACAGAGGUUUUCAAGUGCUGUUGGCUUGGUAACAAUUGUGGAAUGUUGCCCUGUUCUCCUUGGACCACCACUCCUAGGUAGAUUAAAUGACAUGUAUGGAGACUACAAGUACACCUAUCAAGCUUGUGGGAUUGUACUGAUCAUUGCCUCAGUUUACCUUUUUAUUGGUAUGACAAUUCAUUACAGACUUGUAGCAAGGGAGAAGAAAGCAGAAGAGAAAAAACACAACCUAGAUGCAAACGGUGGUGAAGUGGAAAACAAGGUCAACAAUGAACUGUCUGUUCUUCCCCAGAAUUCUGAUGAGGUCGUGAAAGAAGAAGAGAGCCACAUAUGAGACUGGGGUAAAACUAGUGCUGUGUGGUGGAUAAAGUCCACAAAACCCUGAAACUGCACAUUCUUCCCAAACUACAAUAGAUUUUAUUUUUUUAAGCCUCGUUUGAAACUUUUUUUUUUUUUUUUUUUUAAAUUCCCUAGCUGUUUUACAAAAAUAUUACAUCAGAAAAAGUUAAUGUUGCAUUUUAUUUUUUUUAAAUUCUUGUAUGAAUGUGAACACGUGCCUUAAUAAUGCUGUUUAUUCACAAACCAUUUUUAACUCUAUUCAAAUGUAGGCUUCUAUUUUCUAGUGUUUUAUUUUUGUAUUUGACUUAAGUGUGGCCAAGCAUUUGCCACCCACUGGAAGAUUGUAUUUAACAGGAACAAGUGGGAAAAAACUUAGUCCAUCCAACGCUUGGAUUCUGUCUUCCAUUGGAUGAGAUGCUGCUAGAAUGAAUCAAGAACUGGUAUCUCUGCUUGUGAGGUUUCUUCUCAUGGAUCUUGAGGACAGGCUUCAGAAUUAUGGCAGAGAAGCUGAUCUAUUUUAAUAUAUUUUAAUAACCUUUAAUGAAGAAGCUGUGUGGGUCUCUUUUUAAGAUGUGUAGAUUUUGGUAUGCAUUUACAGUAUUAAGCCUGACAUGGCUGUUGCACCAAUAUAAACUCUUCUAAUCCCAUUCGUGCCCUACCUCUUCUCUACGGUUCCAGACCUUGUAAAAGCUUACUUAUUAACUUUUAUCAAUUCAGCCAUGAUCACACCAAGAAAAUUUCAAUGAGAGGCUAUUUUUGUCUUUAAUUUAUUGUAUUAAUAUCCCACAAUGUAAAGGACUCAUUUUUUAUUUUUUUUUAGUUUGAUAGAGCAGUAACUAUUAAGUUGUUUAGUGAUGUUUUUGCAUUGAUCAAAACAAUGUUUUAUUUUGACUGAUUUUGUUUUAUCUGGUAAAUCAAGGCAGAACUUCAAAGUGUUAUGUGCCUGUUAUCUCUGGUUAUUACAUUUCUCACACUUUCAUAAUACUUCAGAUAUAACUGAUCACCGUGGCUCUUUUAUACUGAAUUUUAGUGUUAAAAGACAACAUUAUCUGUUAUUUGUAUUUAUCCUGAAGCCAAUGAAAGGAAAUUCAUUAGGCAAUUCUGGACUCUGAUAAGAAUAUGUUGUAUGUUUUUAUUCCCCCCCCCCCAUUCCUCAAUUAAUACAUGACAAUGCCAACUUCCUUCCCUACAUGCCAAAUAGCCAAACUCCCAGGUUAUGGAAUGCUAGAUGACUUUACAGGUGUAGGCCAUGUGUUCACAUGUACUGCUAACGUUGAGAUCCACAGAUCCUUUAUUUUGUGCUGUUGGACUUUAUUGUAAAAACACUGCUUGCCAGUUUACUAGUUUGGGCUGAAAUGAUCAAUACUUGACAUCAUUAUUUGUAGAUUUGAAUUGUUUCUUUUAAUCCACCAUUAAUAAAGUGUUGUGUGUAAAUUGUAGAAAGCAGACUAAUCCAGAAGCGCUGCUUAAGAGAAUCGGGAGCUCUAUUUUCCCUACACCACCCCACCCACUUCCUUUUUUUUUUUUUUUUUUUUUAAUAGGGCAGAAUUUUUUUUUUUUGUAAUUGCAUCCACCCCGUUUUUAGUUAUUUGUGCCUUCACUAGUACCUGUAACAUCCCAUACAUAUGAACAAUUCUAUUUAUUACAUGUUUUCCUCCAUUCUAAAAUAAAGAAGAAAAUGCUUUAAAGCAGUUUUGUAACUGGUAAAAUCUCUGUUGUGGUUACUGGCUUCACUGCCAGAGUAGCAGGACAUUGCCAACAACAUGGAAUUGAUGUUUCACUUUUGGUUUGAGCCCAUUGGGAAGAUUUAUGUACUUUAUGUAACUUUGUUUUUUAAAUAAAAUAAAAAAUUUUUUUUUGGG